GCUGUGUAUUGACGUGAAGGGGUAGGCGGUGCAGUGGCUGUUCGAUAUGGCGGCGGUGCUGAGGACGCUGAGAGUUGGGCAAAUCCUGCGGGGCUUGAGAGCUGCACAAAGAAGUCAGUGUGAUGAAGUAAAGCGAACCUUUCAGACAGCUGCAGUGUUGAGGAGAGUCACAGAAGAUCCAAAACAGGAGCAAGUCCCACCUUCCUCCUCUUCUUUUCAUCAGCAUUACCAAUCCACUCCUCCUGAAUCAAAGUCUUCACGCCCGAACACCAGCUAUGCAGACCAAGGUGGGGAACAGGCAGAGGACUAUGAGACAGAGGAGCAGCUGCAGAUCAGAAUCCUCACUGCUGCUUUAGAGUUUGUGCCAAAACAUGGCUGGUCAGUGGAAGCCAUUGCAGAAGGUGCACAGGUAUGUGAGAGUGAGUCCCGGUAGAAAUAUUCAUGUUUUGUUU